AUGAAGUCAGAAGACUCUGGUACACGGGCAUCCACCCCCACCAUUACAGAAGAACAAGAUUGGACAGCAAAGGAUUCUGAUGGUCUUUUGUCUUCUGAAGAGAACCAAAGAAGCAGCAAUGAAAGAAACAGACACCAAUUCCGAAGACCUAUUUCAUUACAAAUACAUUUUAUAAUCUUUUCCAUUUAUAUUUGCACUCUGCUUGCCAUGGGCAUUCUCCUCGCCAAGAAUUGGACAUAUUCAAAGAAGCCGUUUCUAUAUUCCCCAGCAAAUGAGGCAGUCGAGUAUUAUGUGGGCGAAUUUUCUGACUCCAACGAUCCGCAUGGUAAAUAUGUUGGCGAGCCGCGGCCAUCGCUGGAAAAGGCAUGGGAAGAUCUAUUAGGACCCAUGAAUGUGCGAUUAUCACUGGAUGAUGUUCGCGCAUUCGGUCGCGAAGCAACUGCCGUCGGCAUGUCUGAUGGCAGCGGUUAUCUUGGAACAUUAAAUGUGUAUCACGAAUUGCAUUGCGUGCGAUGGCUUCAUAAAUACAUUUAUCAGGACGAAUAUUGGCCAGGAAUUGAUGACGAGCAACGAGCGAAGAACAAAUACCACAGCAAUCACUGCCUCAACACGCUCAAGAGCUUUGCAAUGUGCCACGCAGAUGUUGGACUCGUCAUCUACAGCUGGCAACAAGACAGACUCAAACCCGGUGCAAACGGCACUGGCCAUACCUGUGCAAACUGGGAAAAAGUUGCCCAAUGGACGCGAGAACGCACGGUCGACAUGUAUCAGCCCGGUCUGAUUGUUCAUCCUUCACUAGGACCCGCGUACCCGGCUGGGAACGAGGAUACGGAACAUAUUCAUGGUGCGCUGCAUGAACAUGGUAGCAAAUAA